AGGUUUGGAUUAAUGAUAUGAAAACAUUACCUGCACCAGAGUAUUCCUACACUCUGGUGCUUCUACGUCUACUCAUACUAAACUAAUCAUUUUUAAAAGGUGGGGUACUUGUCCCACCCUCAUAUAAUGGCUGCGACGACCAUAGAUCUGAGUACUUUAGUAUAAAAGUACUCAGAUCUGAGUAGACCCUUAUUUUGAAGGCGCGAAACCGAAAGUAGAUAGGGUUUCCAACGGUAACCUGAAACCUGCUGAGAAAUACUUUGGGUGAAAAUAGCCACACAGACGCCACAUUUCGAUUGCUGAUUUAUAUCAUGCUAUUUUGGAUACAUUUGUCUUUCAGCCAAAGCAGCAGAAAUGGCUGAAAAAAGGAAAACAAGGAAGAGGUCAAUCUCUGAACAGCCAAUCAGCAGUGAGCAAAGUUCACAGAUGAAUGAAGAUGAGUCCACAGCUCCAAGUAUCUCUGCGAGUGAUCGAUCCAUGGGUGAGCCGUUAAACUUUGGUGAUGGGACAAAAAGCAAGCUAACCCAGGAUCCAGCUAGAAAGAAACCCCAAAAAGAUCCUGAACACCAGAGAGACAUUGAGGACGACCCCGGGGGCAGCCAUCUUCAAAAAAUAAAGACUGAUCAUAGAAAGGAAAUGCUGAAGACAUUUGAGAAGAUCUCUGAAGGUAACGGCGACCCAGAGAGCUCCCUGAACAGCAUCUACACAGAACUGAUCACCAGCACCGGAGAGAGUGGAGGCCCAUAUGCAGAACAUUCGUUCAGACAACAAAAGCAACCGUCUCCUAUAAACUCAGUCCAGCUCAAUGACCUCUUUAGACAUGGUCCUCUCCAAGAGAAGACCCGCAGAGUAGUCCUGAUGAAGGGUGUGGCAGGCAUUGGAAAAUCGUUCUCUGUGGGGAAAUUCAUUCUUGACUGGGCAGAGGGAAGAGCAAACCAGGACAUCGAGUUUGUUUUCAUUCUUGCUUUCCGAGAGCUGAAUUUGAUGAGAGGAAACAAAAGCUUGAUCAAGCUUCUGUCCGAUAUUCACCCCGCACUUCGACAUUUGAAAGAGUCACAGGUUUUAGUCAAAGCCAAGGUUUUAGUGAUCCUGGAUGGCCUGGAUGAAAGCAGGAUUCAACUGGACUUUGAAAACAAGCCGAUUAAAUCGGUCACUGAAGAAACAUCUGUUGGUGAUAUCCUAGCAAGCCUCAUUCAGGGAAACCUCCUGCCUGAUGCAAACCUCUGGAUAACAUCCCGUCCAGCAGCAGCCAAUCAGAUCCCUGCUAAAUAUGUCAGUAUAGUGACGGAGAUAAGAGGUUUCAAUGACUUGCAGAAAGAAGAAUACUUCAGGAGGAGAUUGAGAGGUGACCCAAACCUUCCUGAUAGGAUCAUUUCACACAUUCGCGCUUCACAGACCCUCGACGUCAUGUGCCAGAUCCCGAUCUUCUGCUGGAUUUCUGCCAUAUUGUUUAAGGAGAUCUUUGCGGGCGAAGAGAAAGCCGAAACCCCGCAAACUCUGACAGAGAUGAUGGCGCACUACCUGCUUGCCCAAACCAAACGCAGAAGCAGAAAGUAUGACAAGAAGCCAGAGAGAAACAAAGAGAGACUCAUGAAGACCCACAAGGAGUUCCUUCUGAAACUCGGGAAACUUGCAUUUGUUCAGCUGCAGCAGAACAACAUCAUCUUCUAUGACGAAGACCUCAAACACUGUGGCAUUGACCUACAAGAGGCGGCCAUCUACUCUGGAUUUUGCUCCACAGUUCUAAGGGAAGAAGAUGUCAUUUUCCAGAAAAAGGUCUUCUACUUCGUGCACCUGACCAUUCAGGAGUUCUUUGCAGCUCUUUUUGUUUAUGAAUGUUUCAUAACCAAGAACACAAAAGAGCUGGGCAUGUUCCUCGACUUGAAGGACCAAGAACGCACUCUAGACGAUCUUGUAAAGAUGACAGUUGACAAAGUAUUGGAGGCGAAGAACGGCCACUUGGACUUCUUCCUGAGGUUCCUCCUUGGCCUUCUGGUAGAACAAAACCGGAGAGUCCUUGAGGGGUUACUGACAUCGCCAGACCCGAGCCAAGAUACCGACAAGAAAAUCUUGACGUACCUUAGGGCCCUCCGAAGAAAGACACUUUCUCCAGAGAGUUGCAUCAACCUGGUUCAGAGCAUGGUGGAGAUGAGAGACCAUAAAGUCAAAGAUGAGAUUCAGGAAUAUCUCAAGAGGUCCGAUCGUUCAAAAACAGAGCUGACUCCGCUGCACUGCUCUGCGCUGGCCUACAUGUUGCAGGUAUCAAAGGAAGACCUGGAUUCAUUGGAAUUGAAAACGUUCAACACAUCAGACGAAGGCAGGAGGAGGCUGAUACCAGCAGUGAGGAUCAGCAGAAAGGCCAUCCUCGCAGACUGCAAAGUGACUGAGGAAUGGAUGAAACAUCUUUCCUCUGGUUUUAAGUUCCCCUACUCUCGUCUGAGAGAUCUGGAUCUGAACACCAAUGACCUGAAAGACUCAGGAGUGAAGCUGCUCUGUGACGGACUGUCCAGUCCAGGCUGCAGACUCGAAAGGCUGAGUUUGUCAGGUUGUCAGGUCACAGAGAAAGGAUGCACUGAUCUGGCCUCAGCUCUGAAGUCCAAUCCCUCCCAUCUCAUAGAGCUGGAUCUGAGCUACAACAAUCUGGGAGACUCUGGGGAGAAGCUGAUGUCUGAGCUGAGAGAAAAUCCACAAUACAAGCUCACCAAACUCCAUCUUAAACACGGUGGAAGUCACCGGAUGAAAGAUGGACUAAAGAAAUACGCCUGUAAGCUCACUCUGGACCCCAACACAGCCCACAAGAACCUCCUUCUCUCUGAAGGCAACAGAAAGGUGACCUGGGUGGAAGUCGAGCAGGCGUAUCCCGAUCACGAAGAAAGGUUUGUUACCUGCCAACAGGUGCUGUGUGAACAGGGUCUAGACGGGCGCUCCUACUGGGAGGUGGAGGUGUUGCAGCCCUUCAUGGUUGGGUUAACGUACAGAACCAUUGGCAGGGAAGGGGAUGGUUGCAAGCUGGGAAGCAACGACAAGUCCUGGGGUCUGGUUUGCUCCAAUGAGGGUUGUUUUGUUUUGGGCGACAGAGACAGAGUCAGUGUGCCUUCACAUUGCUCGCGUUUCAGUCGGGUGGGGGUGUAUCUGGAUUGGCCGGCCGGCAAUCUUUCUUUCUACAGGGUUUACUCCGACAGUCGGACCCGCCUCCAUACCUUUAGAACGACGUUCAACGAGCCGCUGUAUCCCACGGUUGGACUUAACACUGUUCCCAAGGACUCACAGCCUUUUGCAGUGAUAGAGCUGAUUGAUGACAGCUUUGUAAAUAAGUAAUCUUGCUGCAUGGAGAAGUUCUGUUGCUCUGCCUUACGUAUUUCCACGUGCAUCAAGUGUGGUCAACGCGCGUACUGCAGCGGAAAGACCCCGUAACUUCUUUAGAAACCCAUACAAAGACUUACAAAUGCCUUUAAAGUUAUACCUUUGUACAAAAUAUAGAAAAACAUUUAAAAAAAAGAGACUUUCCACAAAAAUAAUGCUGGCAGCUUUUAAUAAUCCAGUGCAAUAGUUGUUACAAUAGUUUGACUUUUGAAAGCUAACGUUCUGGCAGGAUUAUGAUAUUUUGAGUUUCAUUGUUGAUGUACUUCUUGUAGGUGGCUUUGUGUAAAAGCAUCAUCUAAAUGUAAUGUGAGUUGACAGCUUAACCUAGCUUGUGUAAUAGAAGCGUGAAUCCCACAAGCAAGGCAUCUUUACACUGAGCCUUUUAGAGAAAAUAAACACCAAACCAGAACGACUUUAGAAACACUCACAACUCUCUUCAAGAGGGGAGUGGAGCGCUUCUCUUUUUUAUACAUUUUCUGGAUGUGAAUACUUUAUAUCUUCUGAGUUUUUUCAGAUACGUUAAAGCCUUACUUAUUUUUACUCUCCACUGUGAUUUCAUAUGUUUGACUUUAUUUACCUGUAUGCAGGGGGAGGGGUAAACGAGGUUCCACUUUUCAUGUUGUGUGUAGCUUUGCAGGACCGGAUACAUCUGUGUGUUUAGAUUCUAGCUAUGACCAAAUACAGAGAAAAGGAAGCUUGUAUUUGUCUUCAAGAAAAAGUAAAUAAUACAUUUAAGACUUUAGCUGCUCUUUUCUCAACACUAUCAGAAUCAGAAUCAACUUUAUUGUCAUUACAUACAACAAGCACUAGGCAACGAAACGUAGUUUGGCAUCUGACCAGAAGACAGUAAAGAAACGUAUAUAGAAUGAUAUGAGCAGGAGUGUGUAGUAUGGAUAUAUUAAUUAUAUACAAGUACAGUAUUCACAUAUAUAGAUAUGUUCAUAAAAUUAAACAGUUCUAAGAUUUAUUAUACAUAAGUGUGUGGUGGUGGGUAGUGGGUCAUCGGGGAGCAGGGUUCAGCAGGGUAACAGCCAUGUGGAAUAAACUGUUCCCGUACCUGCUGGUCUUGGACCAGUGGCUGCUGAAGCUCCUCCCUGAUGGUUGAAGGGUGAAGGGUUUGUUUGCAGGAAGAGCAGGAAAGUUGAAAUGUAUCCACCGUAAUAAAGUAUAUCUUGUGUCCAGGCUUUCUAUCCCAGCAGAUUACAGAUCAGCAGUCAUGGCAUUUAAAAUAAAACGUACACUUUAGAUACCUUUCUAGCAACAGAGACAGUUGUCCAGCUUUCUAACCCUGAACGUCACCCAGCGCUCCGCUCCCAGCUGUGUGCGUCCCUUUUGAUUUCCCCCUGGUUUCCGUUGUGUUCUGAGCUUCUUGCAGCGUUUUGUUCAUGCUGUAACUUGUUUGCACCUGUUGGCCCGCCGCAGGACAGUUUGUAGGGAUGCUGACAUUAAUGGUAUUAGCUUUAGAUUUGGCUUUGCUCCAUAAUACUAUUGUUUUCCUUUCAUUUUGAAUAUGUUUUUGUGAGUGUAAAAUGUGGUUUGACGACUUGGGGAUUGUGUAAAAAACCCAACUUUUAAUUGUUUAUCUGCUUUGCUUUUUAAUCGGUUUUUUAAGCACCUUUUCCAAUAAGGGCUGACUGAAUCACUAACACAGGGUUUAGAAACCAGUGUUCUGAUGUUAAACACUAUAUAGACAAAGGUAUUGGGACACCUACAGGAGCUUUUAUGACAUCCCAUCCCAAAUGCUUAGGCAUUAAUAUGAAUGGUUAAGUGGAGUGUCCCAAUACUUUUGUCUAUAUAGUGUAUGUCAAGUAUUCAUAUACAAAAUGCACCUUUUAAUUCCAUGUUACAGGUGAAGAGUUAAUGUGCAAAAACAGCCAUUUUUGUAUUAAAUCAAACCAACCCCAGUUUCAUUAAUAUUCCCUAAAUUGAACAGUAAAAACAACGUGACUUAGAUUAAUUAAUAGCAAUGGUUGCGCUUGUUUCUGCUCACUCACUCUUCAUGUGUUUUACCUUCAUGCUGUUACUGAAUGUCUUCAUAUAUGUUGCAUGUUUUCAUGGUAGCAUCUAUAUCAAUAAACAUCAAUAAAAGAA